AUGACAAUGAACUUUAGAACGAUUGACAAUGAUUUCUUCGGGACCGAUCGCACAAUCGGUUUCGACUCGGCAAUGGCUCGCGUCACGGAAUGCGUGGAUAACCUCACAGUUACGGCUAUGAGCCACCACAGAACAUUCAUAGUUGAGGUCACGAGCCACGAAUGUGGAACUUUGGCUCUUACGGCUGCCAUUGCGUUGGAAGCAGACUUUGUUUUUAUCCCGGAAAUUCCACCUCCUGAUGAUUGGCCUGAUGUCUUGUGUGCACAUCUUCACAGGAAACGCAAAGUCACAUUAUACAUUGCUCCUAUGGAAGGAAUGACACCAGCUGUUGUGCCUUUCUGA